CAAACUUCUCAUCUUUCUCAAAUCUUCGGUAAAUUUCUACACUAUACCAUGGCUCCGAAAGCAGAGAAGAAUCCGGCACCGGAAAAAUCUGAAGUUCCGGCGGAGAAGAAGCCAAAAGCUGGUAAAAAGCUCCCUAAAGACGUCGGUCCCGUCGCUGGAGAAAAGAAGAAGAAGAAGGUGAAGAAGAGUUCGGAGACGUACAAGAUCUAUAUAUUCAAAGUGCUAAAACAAGUGCAUCCCGAUAUAGGAAUUUCGAGCAAAGCGAUGGGAAUAAUGAACAGUUUUAUUAACGAUAUAUUUGAGAAACUUGCUCAAGAAGCUUCUAAAUUAGCGCGGUAUAAUAAGAAGCCUACAAUUACGUCGAGGGAAAUUCAGACGGCGGUUAGAUUGGUAUUGCCUGGUGAAUUGGCGAAGCAUGCUGUUUCUGAAGGGACUAAAGCUGUUACCAAGUUUACUAGCUCUUGAAUUUUUAAAGGACUGAUUAGGUUAUAUUGGGAUUGGGAAUUGGGGUUAGGGUUUCGUCCAAUGGUUGAUUUCAUGUAUGUUGGCAUUUUGAUGGGAAUAAUGUAAAGUACAACGCUGUUCCUUAUCAAUGAAAUCUACUUUUUAUGUAUUCUUAUUGGUUGUGUUUAUUAUUCACGAAUGCAAUGACAUGUU